AUGGCCCUACCCCUAGUCGACAUGAAGGGCGUCCGUAGCCGCCACACCGGCCUGAGCGUGGACUACGCGAAACCGUGUACAGCUCGUGCAAACCGGCUGUGUCACGUCUGCAAGAACACUGCCGCCUGGAACGGCUUCUUCAUAAACGUCGGCCUUGAGCUCCGAGAGGGGAACUGCGGAGCCCUGUCACUCCUCGGAGCACGCGAAGGUGUGACCCUAGCCAACAUGGCCACGGCCGAAGAGAAGACGCGGGCCGCCACAUUGCUGUAUUGGCUGUUGACUCAACACAGGUGCGUCGUGAUGGCGGCCAUCAACGAUGACGUUUUCGUAGGCCACGAGAACGUUGUGUGCCGCGCUCUCAGCGGCAGCGUGGGCAAGAUCUCGGCGCUGACGUUGCUGCGAUCCUCGGCGAAAGCAGUGAUGAACAGCGCUCUCGUCACAGCUGUCCGUUCCAUGAAGCACCUGGCGGAACUGAGCCUAAUGAUCGACACGCAGGAGCACAUCGCUAAUCUUGGGCAACUGCUAAGAAAUAGCUCUUCCUUGAAAGUGCUUCGCGCCCUCCAACUCAAGGAAGGCCUGUGUGUAUCCAAUGAUUUUCUCGGAGGCCUCUAUCGAAACAAAACUCUAUCAUUCCUCGCGAUCACGACAGCAAUUCUUGAAGCUUCCUGCAGCUGCUGCCCCCCCUCGGAAUUCAAAUCAGCCGCCUUUGCUUGGUAUUUAGCGACGAGUCGCUCACUCAGGGCUCUUCAAUUGAUUGCUCCAAAUCACGGGCCAGAGGUAGAUGUCCGAGCCAUCUGCCAGGCCGUGUCACUGAACCCUGUUCUGACCCAGCUCGAACUGGGGUUGACCACGCUCAAGGAAGAGUUUGCAGCUCCGAUUAGGAACCUGCUGCACUCUACCAAGACCCUCAGGCGUUUCAGCAUCACUUACACUUGCGUCGAAGAGCGCUACCGCCACGCAGUUAUCCCAGAAGCCGCGUGCUUGUCGGUUCCAGUGUCCUACUGCUUGAGGUGUGGCACGCUUCACGGGGAAGAAACCGAUCGCAUCAAGCCUUGGAUCCAGGCCCUGUUGCAGGAAAAUGGCUCCCUGAAUGAGUUGGGAUUCUCCAUGUUCGGCUUCUGUACGUUGGAGUGCCGAGCAUUCCUAAAGGCCCUAGCCAAGAACACUACGUUGCGCAAGGUAACGAUGCACCGUCUCGGCCAGAAUGCUUCUGAGUUUUGCAAGUUCCUUACCACGACUGGAGUUAUGGACAGAGUAACUACCGACAUCGUUUGCGACGUCGCAUAUCCAAGCACAAUGGGACUGCCGCGACAUGAAGUAGGCCAGCUUGCAAAUCUCUAUUUCUCUGACCUUGAACGCACACUCUUACAGGUAGCCGCGUGCCAACUCGUCACCCACGUAAUGCUAAAGGUCUUCUCUUUCCUCUGCCUUACCCGUGUCAACACGCCAGCCAAUUCACCACUCAUUCAACUCAUCCGUAAGGCGCCCGCCUUAGUCUCUCUGGCCAUCCUUGUUGACCAAGGCUGUUGCAGCCGGUGCUGGAACCGGUGUGCUCCAUCGUUCUGCGACGCUGUGCUCCACAACACGGCGAUCAGAAGCCUGAACGUAACCUUGCCACAGAAUCCCAGGAUGGGCCUGCUUCCCUUGGCCGACCUGCUGCAACGCAGCCCUGGGCUUUGUCAGUUCGCGCUCGUGCAUCCCUCGCCCGAAGCGUUCGGCGACUUUGUCCGCGAAUUGUCAAAACCGAAGCUCAAGGAAAACUACAACCUGGCCCUCGUGAAGCUCACGCACAACGGACCAGAUCUCGUCGAAGAGAAGCUUAAAAUACAGAACGUUGUCUACAGAAACGUCACCCUUGCCAGUCGGGCUGCAUGCUUCGUCGUCGGUCCUGCCGACUUCGGAAAGGACGACACCAGAUAUCGCAACAAGGAUACCGCAGAAGCGCUGGAAGAAAUGUCCGGUUACCCCCUCCUGGUGGAAGAACUCGCCUCUCAAGGCAUAAACAAGCAGCAGGCGCUGGACAGGAUUGCGGCCAGCUUGAUGAGCAUGGAUGACCUGCACGAAUUCAUGCGACUCGCCGGCGUGGUUCGCGAUGAGAUCGUUUGCCUCGACUCGGUUGACGGCAGUACGCAGUUGGACAAUCUAAACGUUUACUGCCUACGUCAUAUUCGCAAGUACCUGAAGAUGAGCGACAUCAUAGAUUCACCUCUGUAAGCUUGCACCACCGGACUGAGCGAGCACUACCUAAAGGACGCGUCCGCAUGCAGUGGGGCUUCAUAUACAGCGUUGUGUGUCAACUGCGUUAUGGAAUGCAGUAUGUUCAGCUGUAAAUACUAUCAGUUUCAUCACUGUGUACAAUUCAUAUUGAGAAAUAC